AUGGAUUUGUCGCCAGUUUCAUGGGCUUAUAUUAUCGCCGCCUUCAAUGGAUUCGUCGCUGUUUUGGCGUUGAGUUUGGCGAUUGGAGUGUAUUUGUUUGUCAGGAGAACGGCAAGUACUUUUUUUUCGUUAUUUUAGGCUUUUUUAAUGAUUUUUAUGCCAUUUUUAAAUUUUUAAAAUUAAAAAAAAAUUUUUUUUUACCCCACCCACGUAUUUUUUACCCCGCCCAUCCAUUUUUUACAGCACCCACCCUCACCCACUCCAAACAUUGACUUCUUACCCCGCCUUAACGAGUUAUUAUGUCAUAAUGCCAUUUCUUUUUAUAGAUUGUGAAUGAAAUGGCCAAGAUGAGCAACAUUCUGCCUGGGGCGAUGGAAUCCUUGAGUUACGCUGAAAUCCCAAUCCAAGUGGUCGCUUUGAUCUGCAACUACAUGAACAUCUCCUUCGAGGACAUGGCCAAGGAGUACAAGAAGGACUCUCAGAACCGUCGUACCAUCGUGAUUCAGACGUUCCGCAAAGACCCGGUCACCAUGGCGUUCGUCGACUCGUUCCAGUCCAAGUUUAUUCAGUUCGGCUAUGUUGGAGAGGAUCUGGUGACUGGAAACAAGGAGUAG